AUGUCGAAUCUAUCGCCAAACGACCCGCUAUACGAGCGCCCACAGACAGAGGAGACAGCGAAAUUGACGCCGCAGGAACAGAAACUGUACAAGUUGUACGGCCGUUUGCCGAAGAAGUCGGAGGUGCUGCAAAGUAAGCUGAAGGACAGGAAGUUCUUCGACAGCGGAGACUACGCCAUGUCGAAAGCCACGGGACACAAGGAGCAGGUUGGGUCGAUAAACCCGCUAAAACUGCCAAAUAUCGAGAACGUUGCGAGAAUCAACAGGAACUCGAUUUCUGGGGUAAGCGCGACGGGGCUUCUGAGUGCCAACCAGCACAAGUCGAAUCUGGAGAACGAGCGGAAGGACGUGUCCGAGGAGGCGGUUCUGCUGGAACGUGAAGUAGGUAUACGCGGCGAUAGCCCCCAGAGAAACGACGAACGAGGACAGCAGGCCGCCGAUAGACGAGUCCAUCACGAUCCACAGCAGCGCGCAGAUGCCCAGGAAGACGAGCGACGCCUCGAGCUUCGACUCCCACUCCACCUUUCUCAGUCCGUACGAAAACCCUAUCAGUGCAACAGUGAACCUGAGAAGCGCAGCCGUUUCUGGGAAAGACCGUUUCUGGCCGUUCCAAGUGAAGAUGAGCUCCGAAAGCGGCCGGACGGAGCCAAACAGUAG